AUGACUGGCCUCAGGCCCACUUGGGGGCUAGAUCAACUCCAAGAACCAGGCACUCAGCAUGAAGGCACUCAGCAUGAAGGCACUCGGCAUGAAGGCACUCGGCAUGAAGGCACUCGGCAUGAAGGGACUCGGCAUGAAGACACUCGGCAUGAAGACACUCGGCAUGAAGGCACUCAGCAUGAAGGGACUCGGCAUGAAGACACUCGGCAUGAACACACUCGGCAUGAAGGCACUCAGCAUAAAGGCACUCGGAAUGAAGGCACUCAGCAUGAAGGCACUCAGCAUGAAGGCACUCGGCAUGAAGACACUCAGCAUGAAGACACUCGGCAUGAAGGCACUCAGCAUGAAGGGACUCGGCAUGAAGGCACUCGGCAUGAAGGGACGCAGCAUGAAGGCACUCGGAAUGAAGGCACUCAGCAUGAAGGCACUCAGCAUGAAGGCACUCGGCAUGAAGACACUCGGCAUGAAGACACUCGGCAUGAAGGCACUCAGCAUGAAGACACUCGGCAUGAAGGCACUCAGCAUGAAGACACUCGGCAUGAAGACACUCAGCAUGAUGACACUCAGCAUGAAGACACUCGGCAUGAAGGCACUCAGCAUGAAGGGACUCGGCAUGAAGGCACUCGGCAUGAAGGGACGCAGCAUGAAGACACUCGGCAUGAAGGGACGCAGCAUGAAGGGACGCAGCAUGAAGGGACGCAGCAUGAAGGGACGCAGUAUAAAGGGACGCAGCAUGAAGGGACGCAGCAUGAAGGGACGCAGCAUGAAGGGUCGCAGCAUGAAGGGACGCAGCAUGAAGGGACGCAGCAUAAAGGGACGCAGCGUGAAGGGACGCAGCAUGAAAGGACGCAGCUUGAAGGGACGCAGCAUGAAGGGACGCAGCAUGAAGGGACGCAGCAUAAAGGGACGCAGAAUGAAGGGACGCAGCAUGAAGGGACGCAGCAUGAAGGGACGCAGCAUGAACGGACGCAGCGUGAAGGGACGCAGCAUGAACGGACUCAGCAUGAAGGGACGCAGCAUGAAGGGACGCAGCAUGAAGGGACGCAGAAUGAGGGACGCAGCAUGAAGGGACUCAGCAUAAAGGGACGCAGCAUGAAGGGACGCAGCAUGAAUGGACGCAGCAUGAAGGGACGCAGCAUGAAGGGACGCAGAAUGAAGGGACGCAGCAUGAAGGGACGCAGCAUGAAGGGACGCAGCAUGAAGGGACGCAGCAUGAAGGGACGCAGCAUGAAGGGACGCAGCAUGAAGGGACGCAGCAUGAAGUGA